AUGGUGACGGCGGCGAGAGAGGGGCGCGGUAGCGGCACCCCGGAGCGGCGGGGGCCCGGCGGCUCCUCCGAGUGCUGCCCGCGCCGCCCGCCGCGGCGGCGGCGCCCGGGGACGCCGGCGGGGGCCGUGGGGGACAGCCCGCAGGAGCUGCAGGCUUUCCGUGACUACGGAGAGAGCUGGUACCGCUCCCGCAAGAGGCUGGAGAGCCGCUUCCAGCCGCGGGAGCCGCUGGCCCGGCAGCCGCAGGUGACGGCGGAGGCGCGCUGCAAGCUGGUCAGCUGGCUCAUCCCCGUACACCGGCACUUCGACCUCUCCUUCGAGGCCCUCUGUCUGGCCGUCAACAUCCUCGACCGCUUUCUCGCCACCACGCCCGUGGCCGCCGACUGCUUCCAGCUUCUAGGGGUAACGGCGCUGCUCAUCGCCUCCAAGCAGGUGGAGGUGCACCCUCCCAGCGUGAAGGAGCUUCUCGCCCUUUGCUGCGACGCCUUUACCCGCCAGCAGCUCCGCAACCUGGAGUGCAUCGUCCUGCACCGUCUGGGCUUCGACGUGGCGGCGCCCACCGUCAGCUUCUUCCUGGAGCACUUCAGCCAGGUGCGGCUGGAGACGCGAGGGGCCGACGCGGCGGAGGCGGCAGACGCCCGGAGCCUGGCGGGGAGCGUCGCGGAGCUCAGCCUGGCCGACUACGCCUUCACCAAAUACGCGCCAUCCCUGCUGGCCGCCGGCAGCCUGGGGCUGGCGGACCGGCUGCUGCGACACCACAGUCCCCUGGACCUGAGAGUCAGUGGCUACCCGGAGGAGCUCCUGCGGGACUGCAUGGACCAGCUGCAGCUCCUAGUGUCUCUGAACGGGCGGUCCCUGCCGCUCCUCCUGCCCCCGGAGGUGGCCCAGAAGUGCCACUGGCUGGGGCCCGUCGCUGUCCCGACCGGGACCCAGCGGGCGGAUGCGGAGGGCGUGGACGCGAUGCUGCGGGCGGUGUCGGAGAAGUGCCGCGCGGCCCUGCGGAGCCUGGGGGGCAGCCCGGGGCACAGCUCGGGGGGCAGUCCCGGGGGCAGCCCCACGGCCAAGCGCCCGCGCCCGGCUCCGCGUCUGCACGGCGCGUUCCGCGGGCUGCGCACCGGCCGGGCCGCCCUACGCCCGGGCGGCGGGGACCUGGAGGAGGGCGGCAGCCUGCGAGCACAGCUGGGAGAGGCGGGAGCCAUCCGCACCCUGGCCUUCCCGCAGGGAAACGCCUUCACUCUCCGCACCGCCACUGGCGGGCACCGGUUCCGAUGGAAAUUAAACGAAGAUCUGCCCGGCUUUGUCCAGAGCUUUUACUCGGGCAGACAAGCGCAGCCGACGGUCCAGUGGCUGGAGUUGGCUGGCCACUCUGAAAUCAGACUGACCAUCCCAGUAUUCUUGCAUGAGUCCGUGCACAUUAACAGCAGUCCAAUUGUGAGAGGCUUGUGUGAUAGUAAAGUCAGGGGCCGAGGCACCCCCACACCGUGGCACGGCAGUGGAGCAGCCCCACGGGGCACGGCCGCGGUGGUGACACAUCGGCCCCGGCGGGGCGGGCAGCGGCCGCCCGCGGUGUCGGCUGGCAUGCUGCCCGUGCCCGGGGUCGAGCCAGGGCCCUCUGGCAGAGGCCGCCGCCGCCGCCGCCCUGCCCGCGAAGUCCGCGGGACUCGGCGCGCCGGGUCCUUUGCCGCCAGCGAGGCCCCGCCGCCGCGCAGCCCGGGCGCGCCGCGUCCCGCCGGCGGGACGGGACUGCGGCUCCCGCCGCGCAGGGCGCGCCCGGGGGAUGCUUAA